AUGCUGCCAACCAGCUACGAAAUAAAAGGUUUUGUUAAUUAUGUGUUCGUGUUUGUAAAAUCGGAGUUGUUGCAAAAGAAAUUACAAAUUAAUGCGCUGCGGCCACUAAGCGUAUCACAGCAAGCGCAUUGGAACACUAACAGGCGGCAUGAGUUGGUUCGAAAAAGCCAAAACUGUUCUAAUUGAGGCACUGGAUAUCCAAGAUGAUGACAACAAGGCAACAGAUCACGUUGGCAGUGGCAUCGCUGGCACUGCGGCGAGCAGCAGCAGCAGUGCAACAUCCACGCCCGGCGCCAAGGCAGCAACGCCAAGCACUUUGGCCACUUCAGUAGUAGAUGGGGCCACGUUCUAUGAUAAUCCGCAUGCCAACGAGAUGGUAACUAUUCCGCCCAGAGCGAGCGAUGCCUCAACGCCAGCCACGGCCAAUCUGUUUGCGAAACGGCAGUCAGCCACGUCAGAUUCCGUGGACUUGCUAUCAUCGCCAUCGCCCACGUCGCCAACUGGCGCCGACUGUUUACGCAACUCCGAGUCAUCAUUGGAGCUUAUAACAGCGCCGACAACGGCUAGUGAAAUGGAAAUGAAUAUGUCGCCCGACACAGAACCAUCGCUGCCAGAUAGUAUAGUCAUCAUAGCCAGCAAUGACACGUCUGACAAUGCGGAUGGCGAUGAUGACGAUGACGAUGAGGAUGCUGAUAAUGGCGAUGACGAUGAUGACGGGGACGAUGGGCGACCGCUAAACUUGGAUCAUGAUGAUCACUCACUGCAUUUGAAUGAUUCUACUAAAACCAUGAAGGCAUUGGUAUUUAGCGACACACAGGCCACUGUUAAUGUGGCUGGCGCUGGUGCUGAUUCGGAUUCCACGCAAAGCUUUGAAGACAUCCAGCUUCAGAUAAGUCACAAAAGCAAGUCGGCAGGCAGCCCGGCCAGCACCGAGGCAUGCCAGCAUGGCAGCAAAACGGAGCUGCCCGACCAGAGCUACUCGUCCACAUCAUCGGACAUUGAGAUCAUUUCGAAUCCAAACGGUGAUUCCAGCACAAAUAGCACUACAACGCGCACCAGUCCCCAAAAGUUCAAAGAGCUGUGCGGCGGGAGUGUUAAGGGCCAUGCGCAUGGCCUUAAAAGCAAGGGACAUCACCGAGAGCCAUCGGAGAUCUCGCUGCUGUCGGAGGACUCACAGUCUGAACUGGAUAAGCUGGUGCAUCGCAUUAGCGAGCUGAAUCAGGUUAUUGAGGCGCGAGAGCAGCGUCUGCUGCAAUCAGAGCGCCAAAAUGCGGAGCUGCUUGAGCGCAACCAGCAGCUGUGCGCCCAUGUGGAGGCGGCCAAGAACAGCGCCAAUAGCAGCGAAGCCAAUGAGGCAGUGCAGCGUCUGUCAGCGCUGGAGAAGAAGUUUCAGGCGAGCAUACGCGAACGGGAUGCGUUGCGCAUACAAAUCAAGAGCCUUAAGGACGAGCUGCUCAACAAGAUACCCAAGGAUGAGCUGACCGAAUGCAAUGAAAUGAUCACUGCACUUCAAUCCGAGGGCGAGAAACUGUCCAAGGAGAUACUGCAGCAGUCGAACAUUAUCAAAAAGCUGCGCGCCAAGGAGAAGACAUCCGAUACGCUGCUGAAGAAGAAUGGGGAGCAAAUUUCACAGCUAUCCAGUGAAUCGGAGCGCUUGAAAAAAUCGCUGGCCGCCAAAGAGGAAAUGGAACGCACUCAAAUUGAGGCUGUUUGCCGCAUGACCAAUGAGAAGCGGCGCGUGGAUGAGGAAAAUGCCGAAUGCCGAAGUCGCAUCGAGGACUUGCAGUCCAAGUUGGCGGCGCUGCAGGCGAGCUUUGAUGGUGUGAAAGGUGACCUGCAGCAGCGCCAGCGGCACGAACAGAACCAAAUGCAGGCCGAGAAUCAGGAGUACGUGCAGCAGUUGAGUGAUAUGCGCGAAAAGCUGCGCGUCACCGAGCACAACAUGGUCAAGCGGGAGCAGCAGAUGCGCGAGGAGAAACGCGAUUUACUACGUCGUCUUGAAGCGGCCGAAUUGCGUGCCGAGAGCAGUACGCAGGAGCUGAGCGUCUCGACGACGCCGCUCAUACGGCAAAUCGAGUCGCUGCAGAAGACGCUGAAUCAGCGCACCGCCAGCUGGAACAAGGAUGAGCAGCAGCUGCUGCAAAAACUGGAGGAUGCGCAGUCUCAGUUGCAUUCGCUACAGCAGCUCGAAACAGUGCAGCAAGAAAAACUGGAGCUGUUGCGCACACGCUGCGACCUGCUCGAGGAGAAGUUAGCCAAUGCGCUCAUGCAGUCGGAGAGUGCAAAAAUACAGCUUCGUCAGCAGGAGCUGGAUGCUACAAUCAAAGAAAACGACUACAAAAGCCAGUUAAGCACACUCCAGGCGCAACUGAAGCAGCGCCAGGACAAGCUGGAACAAUUGGCCGAACAGUGCCAGCAGCUGGAGGCUGACCUGCGGAAACUGCACGCCUUUCAGCGGAGCAGCGAGCUAACCGUGGAGGCAGUCAAGGCCAGCAGCGAGCUGUCGGAGAACCGCUGCCAGAAGCCGCUGCACGUCUCGCCGCCGCUCAGCCUGGCCGAUGAGAGCGGCUCCAAUGAGGAUACACUGGGCGGAAUUAUUGACUGGCAGGGCGAUGAUUUGGAAUGUGCAUCCAAUAGUGGACGACAGCAGUCGGGCAUGAUUCAGGGCGUGCAUUUGAGCUUUUUGGCCGGCAACACCACAACGCUGGAGCAUCUGCAGGCGCUGCUCAAGCAGCGCGAUGGCGAAUUAACGCAUCUGCAGUGGGAACUGUCGCGUCUGCAGGCGGAACGCGGCGUGCUGGACAAUGAAAUAUCAAAUUUGACGAUGGAAAUGGAGAUGUUGAAGGAGAAAGUGCAAUCAUACGAGGCCAUGGAGAAAUGCUAUGAGGAUCUGCAGCAUCGCUACGAUGCGCUGUUGCAGAUGUACGGCGAGAAGGUUGAGCGGACCGAGGAGCUGGAACUGGAUCUGGUAGAGCUAAAGCAGGCGUAUAAAAUACAAAUCGACGAGCUGCUCGCAGCGCCGCCACCAAAUCUGCAGCGAACGCCCAAGCACACAUGAUUGCCGUCCCUGGCAUGG